AGGGGCGGGAUCGGAGUGAGAGGGGCGGGGGUCAGGGGUCGCGGCAUGGACGGCGAGAAGGCGCUGGAGGUCUACGACGUCAUCCGCACCAUCCAAGACCCCGAGAAGCCGAGCUCGCUGGAGGAGCUGGGCGUGGUGAGCGAGGGCUGUGUGGAGGUGCAGGCCCUCACGGAGGCGCGGCGCGGGGAGGACGAGGAGGAGCAUCUGGUCGUCAUCCGCUUCACGCCAACCGUCCCGCACUGCUCACUCGCCACACUCAUAGGUCUCUGUUUACGCGUAAAGCUGGAAAGAUGCUUACCGUUCAAACACAAGCUGGAGAUCUACAUUGCAAAGGGAACGCACGCCACAGAACACGAGAUCAACAAACAGAUCAACGACAAGGAGCGGAUCGCAGCCGCCAUGGAGAACCCCAACCUGCGUGAAAUUGUGGAGAACUGCGUGAAGGAUCUCGAUGAGUGAGCCGUGUCGUGCAGCAUCAGCACAAAUGCCCCCCGCGAGCAGCGCCGUUGGCUACAACCGUGAUUUGCUUGUGGCCCGGAUGGCGCUGUGGGACCGUUCACGUGGAAUGGAUCGUUUGCCCAAUGCAGGAUUGUUUAUCGCGCUGCACGGGCUGCGCUUCUCUUGCGCAAUGUAACGCACAGCGGCGCUACUGCAGUCAAAAAGCAUCCAGGCAACCCAAAUGGAUGUGUUUUUCAUGAAGGUGGGGAAGCUCUGAGCCAGUUAUGGGAAUUCCACAUUCCUGUGGUGAGGACCAGUCUCCUCAUAAUCACUGUUAACUCCAAAAGAGUGGUACUCAUUUAAUCAACCCCGAAAGAAUUUAACUUAAAACUAUCCAUACUCUUUGGUUCUUUCGGUAAAGUCACAUAGGUAGAAAAUUAAUCGAUCACGUUUCGAUCGCAACACAAGCAAUCGUCAUCAGGUGGGACUUCAGCAAGAAAAAACUGCAGCAGCUUUUUCUUGCUUUUUCUACUUACGUGACUUGACCGAAAGAACCAAAGAGUAUGGAUUCCUGCAGUCACGAAAGCUUCAUAAUCAAGAUUAAAACUAUCCAAUUGUCAACACUUUAGCCAUAGCACCGCUUUGGUAAAUUAUAAUAUCACAGUGCCUCGUAAUUGCGAGACAACACCUUGUGCUGGUGUGCUCUGUUUAUGGAGUCUAAGAUGUGUUUAUUGGUGACUGGAUAGCCCAGUAGUCGGUGUGCUCUGCACUGAACCAGGUCAAUGGAUGGACUCGCAGCUGUUGUGUGGAAUUUCCUGCAGGGAAUUACCAAGGUGUGGCACCUGCUGUGGACACUAAAGAUCUAUUGACAUCCUAUGGGAACACGUCACACUUGUGACGUGUAUAUGUGCGUGCCAGGGUAAUGUUAAAUUUAAGUUUAAAGACUGAUUAGAUGAUACAUUGUUGUACUCGAGGCAGUGAGGGUGGCGGUGAUAGCUCAUGUGUACAGCGUGGGCUUCUACACCACUGCCAAUCGCAAUCACAUUGUAAUAAGCAGGGCUACUUUUCAUUUCAAAUGUCACUAGGUUAUUCGUAAGAAAAAUGUUUUCAGAUAUACCUGUACAAGAGUCUGUUGUUUAAGCUGAUUAGAAGAUUUAUCAGAUCUCGGUGGAUUUUAAAGUUAGUCUGCUGUCGUAACUAUGCCCAACUCUUGCCUUAGCCAGGGUGAUGAUUGCAGGCCUGGUGAUAAUUCUAGAACUAUCGAGAAGAUUGUAAGAGGUUUCCUCUGUGGGUGCACUAGAGGUCUACAUUUGCAUUAUGAUACAACAUUGGAGAUUUUUACCUCCAAAGCUUGGCUUGCAGGUCAAUGGAAUAAAUAUUAUGUUAAUUUAAAUACAUACCAAUGUGUUUUGGAUUAAAUUAUGUUAAUUUUACUAUUUUUGAAAAUAUUACAAACUAGCCUUUUGCCUGUCCAAGGAUGGGUGUAUUGCAGUAAAUCUGAAACUUGCAAGCGAAAAGCAGAACGCGACGUGAUAUUCAUUGCAUCAAUGUGUGUGCAAUAUGUAAGGGCGUGGUGACAGACUUAUUUCAUGUAAAGGUUAUAAUCCCUUGUUCA